AUGGAGAACACCCAGCAUCAACAGCCUCAGAUGCAGGCUCAAGCACAACCUCAGCCCCAGGUUCAGCAUCAACCACAGCAGUAUACCCAUCAUGCUUCAACUAGCCCACCACCACCCAUGAUCAUGACACCGGCAUGGAUGGUCGCCAUCCGUGGGGUACAGUUCUUCCUCGCCAUUGUGAUCCUCGGCUUAUCAGCAGCCAUUAUUCAUUGGGUAUACAUGGAUGAACUCGGCCUCGCCGUGGCUAUUCCUCUCUUCACAUGGAUCAUCGUGCUUUACACUGUCCUUUCCGAAAAGAUCUCUUCUCUCCGUAACCUCUACCAUACCUACGCCGUCCUCGCCCUCGACCUCUUCCUCGUCAUCCUCUGGCUCGCAACCCUGGGUGCCUGCGCAGCUCGUCGCGCCACCUUCACCGUUGAUGUAACAGCCUCUUGCACCUCCGAUGGCUCCGCUGUGAACUCGGGAAGCUGCACCAUCUUCAAGCGUUACAUCGUCAUGAGCCAGGGCGCACUAGCCAUGUUUUCUGCUAUUGCGGGAUUGUCUGCCCUUCAGUUCAUCCUCUUCUUGGUGACAUUCAUCUGGACUCUCGUCCAGUUCUUGCGCUGGAGAAAGACCAAUGCGCCUGCCGCUGCUGCCAGCGCCAGUCAGGGCGAGAUUCAGAUGGAGUCUAAGCAGCCGUUCCUCACGCAGCAGACAGCAUACCAGCAGCCGCAGAACGGCCAAGUGCCUCAGCAACAGCAACAGCAGCAAUUCUACCCGCCCCAGUCCUACACACCUCAACCGCAGCCUCCUUCUCAACAGUACCAGCAGCAGCCACCUCAGCAGUACCAGGAGAUGCCGAGCCAGCAACCACAGCAACAACAAUACCAACAGGCUCCUCCGGCCCAGAACUUCACUCAGCAGCCGCAAGAUUACCAGCAACAUCAGCAGCAACAAUACCCCCCUCAGUCUUACACUCCUUCGCCUGUCAACGGCACGGUUUCGCCGACGAACUCCCCGCCUCCUCAAGGGCAAACUCACGCCUACCCUCCGCAAGAGCUUCGUUAG